AUGGCAAAAGCUCAGAACUCUCUAUUUUUGUACACUGUCCACAAGUUCCGCUUCUACGGAAAAAUUAACCGCAUCUGCGGUUCCGCUUUUGCGAAAAAACUAUUGCUUCUGCGGUUUUGCCCAACUUCCCCUGCCUCUGCUUGUGCACCUUGGUAUCGCUUCUGCGGACUCGCUUCUAUGAGGCUCAGUCAGCUUCUGCGGACCUUACGCUUCUGUGAUCAACAAGUCGCUUAUGCGGCUUCGCAGAUGCAGCAAAAGCUCCACAUCUGCACACACUGCCCAGUCCCUCUCCAGGCCACUUCUGCGAGUGGAGCUAAUCAAGUUAGCGGGUCAAGAUCUACAACACGAGCUUAUUCUAUGAGACAGAGGGAUGACCAAAAUAGGGUAGAUGUGGUUAUUGGUAAAUUUCACAUAUUUGGCUUAUGUGUUGUUACACUAUUUGAUCCUGGUUUUGCACAUUCUUAUGUUUGCUCAUCACGUGUUUUUCCUGAAAAUGUGAAAUUUGUGAGACUUGAUUGUGUCUUCCCUACUGAUUUGGUUGAAAUGCCUUUCCAAGACUAUGAUGUCAUCAUCGAUAUGGAUUGGCUUCAUAGAUACCAUGCAAUAGUUGAUUGUAGGUCAAAGUGUAUGACCUUUAAAGCUCCUACAUUUUCACACAUUGUUAUUCAAGGUGAAAGAUUAUUGACAUCUAAUAUUAUAUUUGCGAUUAUGGCAAGAAAGAUGAUUAGUCAGGGUUGUGAAGCUUAUCUGACUCAUGUAGUUGAUACACACCUAGAAAGUCCAAGCCUUAAAGAUAUACCAGUUUUAUGUGAAUUUCCUGAUGUUUUCCCUGAAAAUCUUCCUGGUUGCCCCCGGAAAGGAAAGUUGAAUUUCCUAUAG